AUGUAUAGGACUCUUGUUGGUCUUUGUGCCCUGUGGAGUGCUGUGACGGCUGCCCCGAGCGGCACGCCGGAUCCUAGAGUCCAUGUCCGCAAUGGAACGUACGUCGGGGCGAAGAACGCGCACUACCGACAGGAUUUGUUCCUCGGGAUACCGUAUGCCCAGCAGCCGGUGGGCGAUUUGAGGUUCGCUGUGCCGAAAUCCCUCAACGAGACUUGGAAAGAUGCGCGCGACGCGAAAGAGUACUCUGAUAUUUGCGUGGGAUAUGGAGUAAGUCUGCCCUGUCGCUAG